GCCCUCGCAAAUUAUGCCAUUCAACUCGCCAGAUCGCGCGUGAUAUUCACUGAAACAACCGACUAUACCCUUCCCUCCUUCGGAAUCGCCGAGUAAUGUUGUGGUAGAAGACAUAUAUACCAUCAGGUACCAUGUCGACACUCCCGCCCACACAAGCGCCCGCGCAGACAGAAUACGCCGGCGACGAGAUUAAUGCUCUCGUCCUAGAUCCAGGCAGUUACAGUGUGCGCGCUGGCUUUGCGGGAGAAGACACGCCCAAAUCCGUGGUGCCCAGCAGCUACGCCAAAACAGCUUCCGGCGACAAGCUCUACGGCGAGAAUGCCAUCCAUCUCCCCAAACCCGACCUCGAGAUAGUCAGCCCGUACGAUGCAGAGGGCGUGGUGCAGGAUUGGGAUACGGCGUCACGGCUGUGGGAGUACGCCGUGACCAGUCGACUGACGGGCCACAAACAGACGCCGCCCGCGCGGAAUGGACUCAACGACGGCAACAAGGACGAAAACGGAGAUGUGAACAUCAUGGACGAGGCGGCGGAGGAAGAGCUGGCGGACAAGCAGGAACAGGUGCUGGGCGAGUAUCCUCUGCUCGUCACCGAACCGGGCUGGAAUCCGGCAAAGGCACGUGAAAAGACAAUAGAGAUUGCCAUGGAGCAGUGGGCAGUGCCGGCCUUCUUCCUGGCCAAAACGGGACAACUGGCCGCAUACUCACAAGGCAAGGCCACUGCGCUCGUCGUAGACAUGGGACACCACAACACCUCCGUCACCGCGCUCCACGAAGGCAUGGUCCUGAAGAAGAGCAUUCAACGGACGCCCCUGGCUGGUAACUGGCUCAGUGACCAGAUCCGCCUGAUGUACGCCCAACAGAAUGUACCUCUCGUGCCACACUACAUGGUCAAGUCGAAGCUUCCCGUCGACGCGGGCGCACCCAGCAACGCCACAUAUGUCACAUUCGACAAACCACCCACAGAUAGCUACCGCCGCCUCGAGGAAGAACGCGUGCUCACGGCCUUCAAGGAAAGCGUCGUGCAGGCUUGGCCUGGUCCGGGACGCCUUGAUCAACCCGUCGGAUCUGGCGGCCAGACAAACGCCGAUCAGGUCAAACAGCUCCCACCCAAGCCGUUCGAGAUGCCAGACGGUUGGAACCAAGUCUUUGGACUCGAACGCUUCAAAGUCGCCGAAGGUCUCUUUGACCACAAAGCUGCCUAUUCUGAUGCUGCACACCAGCUUCCACAACAGACACAAACCAUUACGCAGACUGUGAGGCAGGCGGUGGAGAGCGUAGAUGUGGAUCAGCGGCCGGCGCUGCUGAACAAUGUAAUCUUGACUGGCGCGGGGAGCCUAAUCGAGAAGUUACCGGAGAGAUUACAGGCGGAUUUGAGUGCGCUGUUUCCGAAUCCCAAGGUUCGAGUCAUUGCAAACAGUAAUGCAGUGGAGCGGAAGUAUGGAGCCUGGAUUGGAGGGAGUGUUUUGGCGAGCUUGGGAACAUUUCACCAGAUGUGGGUAUCAAAAGCAGAGUACGAUGAGUUUGGGGCCAAGAUUGUGGAGAAGAGGUGUAAGUGAGCGUGCGAUAUUAUGAAAGAGGUGCCGCUGCUGUAAAAUUACACAGUGCGCGAACGGUCUCCGCACUCGUGCUCUACCUUAUGGGCCCUUCCUUCCAGCCUGCAAAUGAGCGACCGUCAUCAGAGCCCGCUCCAGAGGCAAUAUCAUGCCACACCCGCAUGUAAAGAAUGAGUGCCACAAGUUAGUCUUCAGCGCAGACUCCCGAACGCGAUAAUUCUCAGCGUCCUCUGCCAAUUCAAACUACAGGCUUCCCUCGGCUCUGUCGUGCACUGUGCAUGAGUUCUAAUCCGAUAUCCUCAAGACCACGUCGCUGGACCAAAAGUUCCACUCGGCGGAAGGUCCAUGUAUGGAGUCCCCUUCCCAUCCACCGUCGUACCCUGAAUAUUGUUUCCC